AUGAGAAGAUCACACAAGCACACACGCUCACACAUCUUCAUCAUCAUCGCCUCAGCAAUAUGCCCGUUGUCGAGUUCCUCAUUAAACGGCGUCAACGACAGGCGUACCGGAAUGGAGACGCGGCCAACGCCUCCGCGUGAACAAUGGAGUUCAUGGGCGGAUUUCAUAAUGAGCUGUAUUGGUUACGCGAUUGGACUUGGAAAUGUGUGGCGAUUUCCCUAUCUUUGUUACCAGAAUGGCGGAGAUUCCUGGGGAUAUUUCAAUUGGCUAAUACAAGGAAUUGUAGCCGGCAAGCCCAUGAGCAUGUCUGCUCGUUCGUACCAACCCAGACAAGCC